UGCGCGCCUUCAAACUUCUCCUGGCGAAGCGAACAUGUGCAGCGGGGUCGUGCCAGAGGGUCGUUCACCAAGUGUGUGGCGUGAACGCAUCUCCUCGUUGUGUGGUUUGACUUCCUCGUGUGCGCUGACCGCCUACAUCUGAACACGUUGAUUGGGUGGAAGGACUUAUUAUUUUCAAUCUCACAAUAAGACCACUGCUCUUAAUUUGGCAGCUGUCCGGCUAAACUCCCAGCGCCUUCCUCCUCAGUAUUCUGCUGCUGUCUGUGGCAAAGUUUACCGAGCUGCGCACAACAGAGGCGAAGGCGGUUGCAGCGACAAAGAGGAAGACUGACGUACUGUGAGAGUGUAAUUGACAGUUAAGCGUUGAGUCAGGCAGGUGUUUGUGGUGGUAACUUCCUGCCUCGGCUGUCCUCACGUGGCACAAUCACUCUUCUCCGUAAGUUGUACUUUGGCAAGCAGGUGUUUUGUCUCAAAACAAGUCAAACAGCCGAGUCUGUGGGAUGAAAGCGCGAAGAAAGCAAAAAAUAGGAAAAAAUAACCAUGCAGAAGAAUGACCAGAUAGUCUACAUUGGCCUGGAGCUGGUGAUCGCUUUCCUGUCCGUGGCUGGGAAUGUCCUGGUCUGCUGGGCUGUUUGCCUCAACUCCAACCUGCAGAGCAUCACCAACUUCUUCGUGGUGUCACUGGCGGUGGCAGAUAUUGCUGUUGGGCUGCUGGCAAUUCCCUUCGCUAUCACUAUCAGUACCGGCUUCUGUGCCAACUUCUUCGGCUGCCUGUUCAUCGCUUGCUUCGUCCUCGUCCUCACCCAGAGCUCCAUCUUCAGCCUGAUGGCCAUCGCUGUAGACCGCUACAUCGCCAUCAAGAACCCACUCAGGUACAACAGCCUGGUGACGGGGCAGAGGGCGAAGAGUGUCAUCACACUGUGCUGGGUUCUCUCAGUAGGCAUCGGCCUGACACCGAUGCUGGGCUGGAACAGAGGAAGGAACAGCACCACCGCAGUCAGAAACCCAAUCUGCCCUGAAGGCUUGACGGAGUGCCUGUUUGAAGAAGUGGUUCAUUUGGACUACAUGGUCUAUUUCAAUUUUUUCGGCUGUGUGCUGGUUCCCCUGUUGGUCAUGCUGGUCAUCUAUGCCAAUAUCUUCAUGGCCGCUCGGCGCCAGCUCCGACUGAUGGGGCUCAAAGUUGCUCACACGCCUGCUCCUGGAGAAAUUGCCUCGCCGUCGACCCCAUCUCGUUCGACCCUGCAGAAGGAGGUGCACGCUGCCAAAUCGCUGGCCAUCAUUGUGGGUUUGUUUGCUGUGUGUUGGCUUCCAGUGCACAUCAUCAACUGUUUCAACCACCUGUGUCAGGACUGUGACCGUGCACAUAUCUGGGUGAUGAACAUUGCAAUCAUUCUCUCCCAUGCUAACUCCGUUGUGAAUCCCUUCAUCUAUGCUUAUCACGUUCGGGAGUUCAGGGAGACCUUCCGGAGGAUUCUGUACCAGCACAUCUUAGGGAAGAGGGAUGAACAUGGGUUUAGGAUCGGGAGUGGUAUUGAUGAAAGUGUUGGGAGCUGCAGCAUCAUUCGGUCUUCCUCCCGUACCAGUAGAGAGGGUUCAUCGUGUGAUACAGUAGUGAAUAACUACGCCCGGGACCCCAGUCCUGAACGAACUCCGCCAAAGGCGGCAAACAAAGCCUCUUGCCAAUGGACAACAAAGGUAGACGCUGCACCAAGCAACUACAUACCCAAUGGACACCAAAGAAAGGGUAGCACCCUUCUAGCAAUGCAGCAGCAGCAGCAUCAAUGCAUCUUGGGCUUCACGGUUCAGGAUGGAGUCGAGUCGGUCACAGAUCUGAGGGGAACGAUGAAUGUUUUGGGGGUGAGCGACAGGGGGAGGUGCAUUGCUUUUGUGAAUGUUCAGGCUCUCUCUCUAAAACAGAGCGACUCUCCAUGUUCAACAGAGCUUACGGAAGUCUCAUAAAACAUAUGAGACAACAUGAAGAAGGAUUAUUAAAGCCUCAUUAAAUCAACAGCAAAUGUGCAUCUCUUUCUGAAGUCACAUAAACUGGUUGCCGGGAAUAUUUUGCACACACCAGAAUGUGUCCAAAAUGUGUUUAAAUGGGGUUUAAAAUGGGCUGAUAAUAAAAUGUUAUUGACAUGCAGUAUAAGAACAUAUACGUGCAUUUUAUAAAAACAAUGCUUUAUCAACUGAACUGUAUCUUGCAAUAACUUUUUAGGAUACAUUUAAACCCAUGAAAUGCUUUUUUGAUAAUGUUGCAUCUACCAUGAACCAGCUAUAUGUACCACAGAGAACAAUGUCCUUAUAAGAGCUGGUAUUAAUGGUCUGAAUUUCAUAAACCACAGUCCUCACAGACAAUUGGUGGAAAACAAUGACACAUUUUGAAGUCGAGCAUUAGGGCAUGCACCAUCUCUUGUGUGAAGAUCUGUUAAAAAGUCAUUUUCAAAGUGCUGGAUAGAUAAUUAACAUUUGCUGUUGCUAGUUUGAUCAGUGAACUGAUAACUGCCAGGCAACACAUGUCCGUUGUUUCAACAACAGUGAGACACGUGCGUCAAAGGCACCCAAUAUAUACAAGUGAGUUACCAACCAACCAAAACAAAGAGCUUGUUUGACCUAUUCAAAUAUCACUCCAUAUGCCUGUAGUGUGGCGAGUCAGUCUUGCACACAGACAGCAUGCAAAACACACACACACACACUUAAAGUACACACAUGACCGCCGACUACUCAGCAAGAGGUGUUUACAGAGUGGCCUGCCUGCUGACGCCAGUCAAUGAGCCUAAUGCAAUGGAAAUCAAAUGGAGGAUCAUUUGACGAUGUCUUUUAUUAUGCCAUUACGCUUUCUCUUUCCUCAUUAAAAAGCCCUUCCAUCGUGGCCUGCGUUAAGCAACAUGUACGUGCCUUGAGGCAAUCCGAGAGACAUGACUCCAGGAAAAAACAUACAUGGGUAUGUAUCUAGCUCGUUGUAUUUGUGUUCAGAAACUAUGCAUAGUGGUGGUAUAUUAUACUUUGUGGUCAUGCCCGGGGAUAAUAAAACCGAUGGAGCCAUUUCAUUUUAAUGCUUUGUUUUUUAUGUGCUACUUUGAUUAUCAUGAGAUAAGGCUUCUGAAAAGUAUGUGGCUAUAUGUUCCGAGUCAUUUCAGUACAAUAAAAGAAACAAAACCCCAAAGACACAAAGGACUGUUGACGUUACUUGCCAUAGCAGCCGCCAGAUAUACCUCCCAGACAAGGCUCCAGCUGGGUACAACAAUCCAGUACUUUAUAAUAUGCCAUUGAGUAAUACAUGUAUAUAUCUGGGAAUUCUGACAUUUGCAUGGUAACAUUUCUGUGUGCCAUUUUAUAACUCAAUAACACGCUUGCUUCAACAGCCUUGUUUGUUUGAGGAUUCUCUUUGCCUUCUGUCAGGCCGAUGCAGUGGAGGACAUGGACUUGACAUACAGAAGACAUUUGGUGCUAAUAUCGAAUGGACAGACGUUGUUUCAGUGAGGAAAAAAUAAUAAUAAAAAGUUAAUGCAAAUGUGUACAUGUUUUAAUUAAACCCUAAAUAUAUUGCAUAUGUGAUGUUAGUGUGUAUG